CCGUCUCCGGCAGCCGCACGGACAGGAGCUGCCGCCAUGUCCGCGCAUCUGCAAUGGAUGGUCUUAAGGAACUGCUCCAGUUUCUUGAUCAAGAGGAACAAGCAGACAUACAGCACCGAGCCCAAUAACUUAAAGGCUCGCAACUCCUUCCGUUACAACGGGCUGAUCCACCGCAAGACUGUGGGCGUGGAGCCGGCUGCCGAUGGCAAAGGGGUUGUGGUGGUCUUGAAGCGGAGGUCAGGCCAGCGGAAACCGGCCACCUCCUAUGUGCGGACCACCAUUAAUAAGAAUGCUCGUGCCACACUCAGCAGCAUCCGGCACAUGAUUCGCAAGAACAAGUACCGGCCUGAUCUGCGCAUGGCGGCAAUCCGCAGAGCUAGUGCCAUCCUGCGCAGCCAGAAGCCGGUGCUGGUGAAGAGGAAGCGGAGCCGCCCCACCAAGAGCUCCUGAGCACCCCUCACCACAGAACAAUAAAGACCGCGUUCUU